CGGUGCGUUCCGGGCCUCCAGUAUUGAAUAGAGGCGGGCUGAACCUCCGAUUGUCCGUACAGCAAUGGAGGAUCAAUACCAGACAGAAAUUUCAAACCCUAACCCUAAUCCUAAUCCUAACCCUAACCCUAGAAACAAUGGCACGAAGCCGAUGAAGAAGAAGGAGAAGAAAAAUCAUCAAUUCGAGUUCUGCAGAGUGUGCAAACUGAAUCACGACCAAGGACGACGCCACAUUUACUUCCCGAACCACAUCAAAUCUCUCUCAUCAUUCCUCUCUCGAUUCCAAGCCAAACUCUCUGACGUCAAGUUCUUCCUCAAAAACCCUACCCUCCUUCGCCCCGAACACGCUUCUAUGAACCGAUUCUGCUGCGUCUUCUGCGAUUCUGACAUCGACGAGGUCGGUAGCUCAUUCGCUUGUGGUAAUUCAAUUAAUCAUAUGGCGAGUGCGGAUCACUUGAAGAAUUUAAAGUUUUUUCUAUGGAAAUAUGGUGGUGGGGUGGACCGUGUGGAUUCUCUUUGUAUACCUGAGGCAGAUCUGGCUAAGUGGGAGAAGAAGUGCAAAUCAUUGAAGAAUGAAAUUCCUAGCGAAGGAUCUCAUGGUGCUUUGAUCGGACCUUUAAAUGAUAUCCACAAUGAAUUGAACUCUGAAUACACAGAUAGUUUUGACAAAAAUAAUAUCCACUCUCUUAAUUCAAGUUGUUCAAAUAGUGUUGUGCCUUUACAAAAUUAUACAACUGAGAGAUAUCAGGUAUCCCAUUCAGAAUUAUAUAGAGUCUCUGAGGCUGGCCCUCUUCUUCAUGAUGCUAACUCAUAUUUGUAUGCGGGCACACAGUCUGAUACAAAUCCAUGGGCUUCAAAGGAUUUAACAGGUUACUUGCAUAGCCAACAUUCUGUCCUUUCUAAUGGUGGGAUAUGCUCUGCUGAUGGUUAUAACAGUAAGACAGGGGUAUAUCGCCAUGAAACAGCUAAUGGAGCGUGCAGUUCUCAGGGUUUGCAAAACCUCACUCAAAUUUCCUCAGCAGUUCAGGAAGUGGCUAAAGGAAAUGUGCAUUCUGGAGCACCUCCUCCUUGGCUUAAUGCAUGCGACGAAACUCAGCUAGAUAUUAGGUCAUAUCCAGGACUAGGACUGAGCAACAUUUCUUCUCCUAUCAAAUCAGGAAAGUCCUCUAAAUUAAAUCCCAAACGGGUUGGAGCUGCCUGGGCAGAGAGAAGAAAGAUUGAGCUGGAGAUGGAGAAGAGAGGAGAGUUUGUCUCUAAUAGUUUCAAUGCUAACUGGCUUCCCAAUUUUGGUAGAGUAUGGCAAUCAGGUAGCCGGAAGGAAUCUAGAAGAGAAUUUGAGGUGGCAAACAAACAAUCCCGCAAAGUUGAAAGUCAGUCCGAGGAGCCAAUACCAUUACAGCCUUACAUCAGCAAACGAAUGCGCAGAGAUGCAAGUGAAUGAUGCUUUUGGUGAUAGACAUGUCCACCAUUGCUGGUUCACACCAUAUUUUGGGAAAUUCUUAGAUCGGACUGAGUAAAUGAAGAAUUCAGCCUGGAGGCAAAUUGGUAGGUACUUCUCACCUCAGUGUACAACAUCAGGCUGUCUAUGUACAUAUUCCUUUGACAGCAAGUUGACCAAUCGCCUGAAAUUUUUAGCACUACGUCAAAGCCCACUCUGAUUUAGCUAUGCACUCAUGUGAAUAUUAAAUUAGUCUAAUGGUAGUUGGAUACAAGGUGGCAAUCAGCAAAAUAGUAUAUUAAUAUAGUAGCAGUGGGGUUGUGGACAUUACUUAGUGAAGUUCUUCUAUUGUUUGGUUUCAUUCGAGAAAAAAAAAUUAAAACAUUGUACAGCUGUUUGAGUACCUGCUAACUUGGUGUUUUUAUUCAUACCGACUCCCAUUGAUAUCUCCCGCAAUCAGGCUAUUAAAACAUAUGGA